CAUGGUGACUGACACGGUCUCCCAUGGUGACUGACAUUGACAUAUAGGCGCUCCAUUCGGUGCUAGUCCAUAAACAAGCAGUCUGAUGCUACAAUACCCGUUCAUAAAACACUAAAUUAAUAGCGCUUGAUGUAGACAGUCGGAUUGACGGAUUUGAGUGCGACAUUAAAAGUGAAAGCACCAGGAUUCUCCCGUCAGAUAUAUUUGGCUGUCAGAAGUCAAACUGGCUGAGAUGGAUGAGCAGAGUGUUGAGAGCAUUGCGGAAGUCUUCCGAUGCUUCAUUUGCAUGGAAAAGCUGCGCGAUGCCCGUCUCUGCCCUCAUUGUUCCAAACUCUGCUGUUUCAGCUGCAUACGGCGAUGGCUGACUGAACAGAGAGCUCAGUGUCCCCACUGUCGAGCUCCGCUUCAGCUGAGGGAACUGGUCAACUGUCGCUGGGCAGAGGAAGUGACUCAACAACUGGACACACUGCAGCUCUGCAACCUCACAAAACAUGAGGAGAACGACAAAGACAAGUGUGAGAACCAUCAUGAAAAGUUGAGCGUGUUCUGCUGGACUUGUAAGAAGUGCAUCUGUCACCAGUGCGCUCUGUGGGGAGGCAUGCAUGGAGGUCAUACGUUCAAACCCCUGGCCGAGAUCUACGAGCAGCAUGUGACGAAGGUGAACGAGGAGGUGGCUAAGCUGCGGCGCCGGCUGAUGGAGCUCAUUAGUCUGGUUCAAGAAGUGGAGAAGAACGUUGAGGCGGUGCGUGGCGCGAAGGAUGAAAGGGUGAGGGAAAUCCGGAAUGCUGUGGAAAUGAUGAUUGCUCGGCUCGAUAAUCAGCUUAAGAACAAACUCAUCACGCUCAUGGGACAGAAGACCUCUCUGACACAGGAAACAGAACUGCUGGAGUCUCUGCUGCAGGAAGUGGAACAUCAGCUGCGUUCGUGCAGUAAGAGCGAGCUGAUCUCUAAGAGUCCAGAGAUCCUGCUCAUGUUCCAGCAGGUUCACAGGAAGCCAAUGCAGUCUUUUGUCACCACUCCUGUCCCACCAGACUUCACCAGUGAGCUGGUCCCAGCCUAUGACUCCAGCACUUUUGUUUUGGCAAACUUCAGUACUCUGCGGCAGAGAGCCGACCCUGUCUACAGCCCCCCGCUCCAAAUAUCAGGCCUGUGCUGGAGGUUGAAGGUUUAUCCGGAUGGCAAUGGAGUUGUUCGGGGAAACUAUCUCUCUGUUUUUCUGGAGUUGUCUGCGGGGCUUCCUGAGACAUCCAAAUAUGAAUACAGGGUGGAGAUGGUCCAUCAGGCCUCCAGUGACCCCACUAAAAACAUCAUUCGAGAGUUUGCAUCGGACUUUGAGGUGGGCGAGUGCUGGGGGUAUAACAGGUUCUUCAGGUUGGACCUUCUCGCCAGUGAAGGAUACUUGAAUAUGCAGACUGAUACUCUUGUGCUCAGGUAUCAAGUGCGAUCACCUACAUUUUUUCAGAAGUGUAGAGAUCAGUAUUGGUAUAUAACUCAGCUGGAGUCGGCCCAGUCCAGUUACAUUCAGCAGAUCAACAACCUAAAAGAGAGGUUGGCCAUAGAACUGUUCCGUCGGCAGAAGUCGCGGAGUUCCUCUCCACCUGAUCGGCGUCUCUGCCCCACGACUUCCUCCGGGAGAGACUCUCGUCAGGGGAAGAGCUCCGUACUGGAGGAAGGGAGUCAGGCAGCAUCAGUAGGGACCAAGGAAGAUGAGGAUGAAGAGAAGACCCAGCAUGAUGACUCUAAUGAGUUGUCUGACGGGGAUCUGGAGGUGGACUGUCUAACUGGAGAUGAAGAUGUCAAUCCUCUGGAUGGAAGUAGCACCUCUGGGAGCUCAACAGCCACCAGUAACACGGAGGAGAAUGACAUUGACGAAGAGACCAUGUCUGGUGAGAAUGACGUGGAGUACAGCGGGAAUCUAGACCUCGAGGAAGGUGAAUUACCCGAUGAUGUUGCCGGGGCAACAGGAGAUUCUGGUGCCUGUGCCCGGGGUUCAAGGCGUGGGGCAGGUGCAAGUUCAGCCAGCCUCCUGGAGAUCGACCCGGUCAUCCUCAUCCAACUCUUGGACCUGAAGGAUCGCAGCCAUGUGGAGUCACUGUGGGGGAUGCAGCCCCGCCCCCCUACCUCUCUCCUCCAGAGCCAAGCUGCUGCUGUGCCCUCUCGUAAAGAGCGUGAGCGUCGUCCUCAGGCGGUGCGUCGUUCAGCCCCAGACUCAGGGGUCCUGAUCAGACUGAAGGCUCAGAUGGCAGAAGUGCGCAGUAAGAUGUCGGACGUGAAAGGGCAGCUGGAAGCUCGCGGUGGAGCCGGUCGAGUCUCCACUCAGGGAGCCUCAAACCAUGAGCAGGGCCCCUCCAUGGACUCAGAGAUGGGACCCAGCCGCAAACCCAGUGAACUGCUCUUCAAAGCACCCAUCUCAUCACGACACUCUCGCAGUGGAGUGAAGAAGGCUGGUUCUCCUAAGCAGGAGAGUGUGGGGGCGCUGGGUGGACUGUCCCUGCGCCGGGCUGUGGAUGCUGGGGAGAAAGAGCUGAGAGGAGCAGGGCGAGAGUCCCCUACUGAACCUGCUCUGUGUCCCAGAGAGGGACCCUCCUCCUUGGAUGGCUCCCUGAAAGCACGGAGUGUGCAGAGUUCUCCUCCCUCGCUGGGAAGCGGCUCCUCUUCCUCUGAUAAACCCUCUGGCUCCAAACACGAGGAGCUGCUGUACGGAGCUUCAGCUUCAGACCUGUUCAGCAUCACAGCUCUCAAUGGAGCGUCCGCACCCGCCACCAAACAGCGCAGGAGUCCAGUCGUUGGACCUGGCCUGCUGACGGACAGCUCUCUGAACUGUGAUCAAGAGAGUGCCGGUGAGAUCCAUCAGUCACUGCUGUCACUGACUGAGCCAUCGUCCUCUUCCUCCUCACGCCCUGAUGAAGGUCUCCUCAGUCAGAAACAGCCUCACCACGUGCUGCCGAGCAUGAGCAGUGACAGCGAGCUGGACUGUGACACGGAGAACGAGAAUGAGGAAGAGGUUGUGGCUCUGGAGGCUGGAGACUGUGCGUUUGACACCAGAGUACUACCCUGCCCAGGCGAGCAGCUGAUCCCUGAUGAUCUGAGCUUUGUGUCCGGAGAGACCACAGAGAGGUGAUCUGCCACAGCGCUACAGAAAUGUCUUGAAGUCAUCAGGCUCUGAAUGUGCUCUUUAUGUCUGUGCACUUACUUUAUGUUCAGAUAGAACAGGAAUAUAUGUGCUACUGUAUAUGUUAUUUAAGAGAAACACAACUUUCAGGAUGGGAAAGAAAAGUGUGUUUUUCUCUCUCUGCAUUGUGAAAUGCGUAACAUUCCGUUAUAAAGCUGAAGGUGUAUAUAUUUAAAUGUCCAUAACUAGAUAAUCAUAUUACAGUUAUAUACUACAUUACUUUACUUUUGCAAUGCUGCUUAUUGUCAUAAAAUCAUAGGGAGUUGCCAAACACCACUUUUUUUUUUCUUUUUGUUUCUUUGAGUUAAUAACUGGGUUCAAGUGUUUUGGCACAUUGAGUCAGAAUGUCAAUACAGGUGCUGCUCUGUUACCGAUUCAUGUGGCUUUAUUCUUUGUGCAGUGUGUGUGUGUAUAUAGAGAGAGAGAUAUAGAUAUUAGUGAGGUUUUUUUAUACCCCCACUUCAGCUGUCUAGUCCACAAAGCAUAGCUUUCUAUACCCAAAACAUGUUUACAUUGACUAAAUGUCUGCAAAAAGGGAACAUGGAGCUGAUACAAGUUCAAAUAAUUUGACAGGGAUGUGUGUUUUUAUAUAUUUCAAAUAAGCAGUUAUUACACAGCUCAGUUACAAGCACUUAUGAACUUAUUAAUGCUACAUUCCCAUUUUUGCUUUUUUUUUUUCCUUUUUUAACCCAUGUUAACUCCUAUAAGAUGUUCAAAUAAAAGGCAGUUACAAACUUAAA